AUGGUGAGGGAGUGGCCCCGGCAACAGGCCCAGACAAAGGCCUCGAUAAAGAAGGAGAAACCUCUGGAGGAGAAGGUUCUGGCAGAUGUCAGGAGAAAGGUCUCGCAGAUAAAAGAGAUGCUGGAACCCGCUCUGCAGAACUCCAGCCUCUCCAGCAACAUCACACAGCAGGCAGAACACACCGCUCACGCUGUGGCAAAGGAAUCCAAAGCCAUUCUGAUCCAGGCCAAGCACACGAGGACAGCGUCGGCUCACCUCAGCUCGCACAUCGACUCCGCUCUGCAGCAGCUGAGUGAGCAGGAGCUGCAGACUGACAGAGCCCGCUCCCUGGUCACUGCAGAGCCUCAGGCGUCCCUGGCCGGCGUUAAAGAAGACAUGGAGGCAGCCAGGCUCCAGUUAAAGGCUUUCUCUGUUACACUCACUGAGCUAAUCAGCAAGAUUGAUGGGAACGUGCCGCUGGAGCGCUUUGACCGGAUCCUGGAUGAGACGGAGCGGCGCCUCAGCAUGCUCCGCGGGAGUGUCGACAGCCCGACGCUGGGAGUGAAGAUUCAGAAGCUGCGUUCAGCCGCUCAGGAGCAGCACAGCCGGAUGUCCCUCAUUGAACAGGACUUACAGGAGAUCACAGAGGAGAGAGACAGUCUGAGGGACAUCGCUCUGAACCUGCCCGCGUCCUGCCCCUAGGCCUCAGCCACAGGUACAGGCUACACACUGAAGAGGAGAGGCCUUAAAGGGAUGCUUCAGAUUGUUUGAAGUGGGAUUUGAUCAGGUACUUAUCCAUAUUCAGUAUAGUACCCACAGUAGAUGAAGGAUGGCACGCCCCGUGAUUGGAUGGAAAGACAGGAUUACCAUGGAGGAGACGGAAGAGAAAAGAUGAACUGCUGGGGAUGGGGCGGCAGCAUAAUAUAUUGUAGCCUCCUUAUGAAUAGCAAAAUCACUUACAGUGUGUGCUAUAUUUAGAAUACUUACACUGCUUUACUUUGCUGUCAGACAGCUCUUUCCAACGGGGAACUGAAGCGUAUUUACGCUUUCUUUAAAGCCAGCAGACUCUAUUGACGAAAACAGUCAGUUUACUUUGCAGAACAAGGGUUGGGCUACCGCUUAAGUCAAUCAGUGGAAAUGUAAUUGUCAGUAUUAUUGUGUGACUUUGGGCUUUCGAAGGCUUAGCUAGUUUGAUCUACCAACAUAUAAUGCAAACAAACCAACCUAUCAAGGCAGUGAUAGAGCAGCAGCAGCUUCCAUGUUUGUGAGUUCUGGUGACUUUUAAAAGAGCAUAGAAGAAGAAGAAUCUGGUUUAUUGUAGGUUUACACAUAAAAGGAAUUUGCUUUGGUGUGUAAUUGUGCAUACAUAACAACAAUAAGAGUGUUUAAGUAAAAGGAAAAAUGCUAUACAUUUUCUUUUUUUCUUUUUUCUUAGAAAAUAUUGAAAUAAAUGUUUUUCAAGGAAUGGAAAAAAAGUACAAAAAUAAUGACAAUUUAGUCUGAGAAUAAAAUAUGUGCAUUAUAGAAAAAUAUGACAGCUUCAGUUCCCCAUUGGAAACUGUAGAGUGGUACAAAUAUUCCACAUUUAGCGUACACAUCGUCUAAUAUUGAUUCUGUAGGUUUCUUUAAUAUGUUUUGCUGCUGCUCCCAUUCAGCAGUACAUCGCUGAGAUUAGCAGCCAGUACUCCUGUGUGCUUUUUCAAACUAGGGGGCGUUCCAUCCAUCAUCGACUGUAGGUAGUGUGGUAAGUACCUUAUACAACCCCUCUUCAGAAAACUCUCCCUCUAAGUCAUUGAUAAGACACGCCAACAUCAGAGAAGCCUGGGAGGAUUUUGAUAAUAAAAGGGGCUUUGGUAAUUUUUUAUUCUGCUUCGAAAAAGUGAGUUAUAUCCCUUCAUAUUUUCCAGCUUUUGCCCCAAGGUACAAUUUAUUUUACCACCUCAAGAGACUCAGUCUCGCACAUUCCCAGCAAAGCCUCAAACCCCUCCACUGUCUCGCAUGAUUCAAACCUAAUCUUCCUUUUUGUUUUCCUUAAUUUCUUUCUCCCACUCGCUCCUUUUACUGCAGAACUGUAAUUUCACCGUGAAUAAUAACCAGACGUACUGAACUGCUGGAGUGCCCUGUCAAGUUUAAAAUAAAGCUGAUUUUCCUUU